AACCAAACUAAGGUCCAAAAUAAAGCAUUGAUUGCAAUCUGAGACUGAAAUUAUCUUUCAGAUUAAAUUUUACUGUACUAGCUAUCAUUGGUUGCACAAUGCACACUGAUUGAGCAAAAGCAUAUUACUCACACAUUCACCUUUCUCACCCACUUGUAGUCACAGUAUUCAGCUAAACAAUGUUGCCAAGAAGUAGAACACUUCCUAGCAGAAUCCACCAUGGAGUUAUAGAAGAGAGGUAUGAUAUCAGACACUACUUAGAAGUGGAAGCACGGCCCGAAAUCCGAACGGAGACAGAAGCAAUCACCAUUGAGCCUAAUUAUUCCAAGUGCUUUGAUGAUGAUGGUCGUCUCAAGAGAACAGGAACAUUUUGGACAGCAACUGCUCAUAUCAUCACCGCUGUGAUAGGCUCGGGAGUUCUUUCAUUGGCAUGGGCAAUAGCUCAGCUUGGCUGGGCUAUUGGACCUAUUGUCAUGAUUCUUUUCGCCGGUGUGAAUCUAUACACUUCAAGCUUACUAACACAGUGUUACAGGACAGAUGAUUCUGUUACUGGACAGAGAAAUUACACUUACACUAAUGCAGUAAAGUCUAUCUUAGGAGGAAAAAAGGUCAGAAUAUGUGGUUUGAUACAAUAUGUGAAUCUGUUUGGGAUUGCAAUUGGAUACACUAUUGCUGCCUCAGUUAGUAUGAUGGCCAUAAAAAGGUCGAAUUGUUACCACGAGAGUCAUGGAAAAGAUCCGUGUCAUAUGUCAAGCAAUUGGUACAUGAUAACAUUUGGUAUAGCAGAAGUGAUACUUUCCCAAAUCCCAGACUUUGAUCAAGUAUGGUGGCUAUCCAUAGUUGCAGCUAUCAUGUCCUUCACUUAUUCUGCGGUUGGAUUGGGUCUAGGAGUGGCAAAAGUAGCAGAAAAUAGAACUUUCCAAGGAAGCUUGAUGGGGAUUAGCAUUGGCACAGUGACACAAGCUGGAACAGUCACUGGCACACAGAAAAUAUGGAGAAGUUUACAAGCUCUAGGAGCAAUGGCUUUUGCAUACUCCUUUUCCAUUAUCCUCAUUGAAAUUCAGGACACCUUAAAGUCUCCUCCUGCUGAGGACAAAACCAUGAGAAAGGCCACUAUGGUGAGCAUCAUUGUUACUACAGUAUUUUAUAUACUCUGUGGAAGCAUGGGAUAUGCCGCCUUUGGCGAUCAUGCACCUGGAAAUCUCUUGACUGGUUUUGGAUUCUAUAACCCUUAUUGGCUUCUUGACAUUGCCAACUUUGCAAUUGUUGUGCAUCUAAUUGGAGCAUACCAGGUAUUUUCCCAGCCUUUAUUUGCAUUUGUUGAGAAGUGGAGUGCACGUAAGUGGCCAAAAAACAAUUUUGUGACAGCAGAAUAUGAAAUACCAAUUCCCUUCAUUGGAAUGUACCAACUCAACUUGUUCCGGUUAAUAUGGAGGACCAUUUUUGUGCUAUUGACAACCAUCACAGCCAUGUUAUUACCAUUUUUCAAUGAUGUAGUUGGAAUACUUGGAGCUUUUGGAUUCUGGCCCUUAACAGUUUACUUUCCAAUUGAUAUGUACAUUUCACAAAAGAAGAUUGGAAAAUGGACUAAUAGGUGGAUUGCACUUCAAAUACUUAGUGGAUGUUGUCUCAUCAUUUCAAUAUUAGCUGCUGUUGGAUCCAUUGCUGGGGUUGUUUUGGAUCUCAAGACUUAUAAGCCAUUUAAAACUAGUUAUUAAGUGAAAAGAAGAAGACUUCAUCUGUAAGAACAACAGUAUUAUGAAAAGUAUAAUUUCAUAAUAUUUUUCAUAUGGAUGUAUAGGGACACCGACACUUAUCAUUACACUUAAUUAUGUCAUUUUCUAAAAUUAUUAUCGGUGUUGAUGUGUCAAUAUCUAUGUCGUGUCCAUUACACUUAAUUAUGUCAUUUUCUAAAAUUAUUAUCGGUGUUGAUGUGUCAAUAUCUAUGUCGUGUCCAGUGUUCGUGCUUCAUAGAUGUAUACAUAUCUAUGUGCAAGUAGCACUUUGAAGUUACAAUGAAUAAUUUCUAUUGCACCUAUUGAUUGUA